AUGCGCGGACGCAAAAUGCAUGAGUGCGACAAGCUCGCUACGUCAUGGAUCGAUGAGCAGAGGGGUGCGCACGAGCGCAGAGUGCGAGCUCGCGACGACGACGCGCAACGACGAUUUUUAUACUUUCUUCACAUUCCGAGGACGGCGGGACGGAGCUUUCAUUGGUGCUUCUUGAAACCGUCUUUUAAGGAUCACGAACUCUGCGGAAAUCAGUACACAGGACUCAGAAUCGAUCCCCGCGAGCCAACGUGCGAGUUUUUAGCGACGCACGAUGACUACAGCUUGAUUGAACGGUUUACGGAACAACCGCGCGUCGUGACCAUGCUACGGAAGCCGUCAGCACGCGCGCUAUCGUCGUACGAAUUUUCGAUCGAAGUCGCGGCGAGAAGUUUCGGGAAAGAGCCAGUGAACACGACGCGUGUGCAGACGCGAGAUGUUUGGCCUUGGAGCGUGUUGACGCGCUUCAUGGACGACGAGCUGCGAUCUUACGACGACGCCGUGAAUGCGGAUGGGCGAAACGAACUCUCGAUUUCAAACGUAUACGAUAAUGCAUUGUAUACGCCGUUCGAAGAUUGGGCGGAAAUGAAGAUGGUUCACGACGACAUUCACAAUGGACAGUUCUUCCAAUUGCUCGGGUUGACGAAUAACACCGACGACGCGGUGGAACCUCGAGCGGCUGAAUUGCGGGAGUGCGCGCUUUGGCGAGGUACAAAAGCAUCCAAAAUGAUGAUGGAUUACGCGAAAGAACGUCUAGAGCACGAGGUGGACGUACUGGCUCUGCACGAGCGACUUGACGAGUCCAUAGAAUUAGCCGCGCGACAGCUCGAUUUGCCGCUCAGCGCAAACGCAAACUUUGCCGAUCCGACUCAAAUCGACGCUCAAAACGUUAAAAGUCGAAUUUCCAAGGUUGGGACCUCGUUCAAAAGCGAUGACGCGAGCGAUUGCGUGGAUGUGGUGGGGUUUUCAUUUAGAUUUAGCAAGCUCAAAACGAUGACGACUGGACAAAGAAUUUUGAAGGGUUUCACAUCAUGA